AAAAACUGUGCGAUUUUCUGGCUCCCUAGACUGGCUGAUCAGCAGACUGGAAAGACUGUGGAAGCAUCCUCUGGUCCUUCACUGCAUGUUAGUGGAAAUCCCAGAAGCUCUGAAUAUCAUCAAGGAAGGGCAUAUCAAAUCCAUCAUCUCACUUUUAGACAAGCAUGGAAGAAAUCACAAGGUCCUGGAUGUGUUGUGUUCUCUCUGUGCUUGCCAUGGGGUUGCUCUCCGUUCUAACCAGCAUCUCAUCUGUGACAAUCUCGUGCCAGGACGAGAUCUCUUACUGCAGACCCGUCUUGUGAAUCAUGUCAGCAGGUAGUUUGAUAUCUGGCUGGCUGUGUGCUGCAGAGCUGUCAGAUGCUGGUGUCUAAGGGUUACCCAGACAUUGGGUGGAAUCCAGUUGAAGGAGAGAGAUACCUCGACUUUCUCAGAUUUGCUGUCUUCUGUAAAGGUCUAUCUGGGAACCCUAUAGAUCUGGAGAAACGUAGACUUGUUUUUGGACAGAACGUGAUACCUCCAAAAAAGCCCAAGACUUUCUUAGAAUUAGUAUGGGAAGCUCUGCAGGAUGCCACUCUCAUCAUCCUGGAGAUUGCAGCCAUCAUCUCCCUGGUCCUGUCCUUCUAUUGACCCCCUGGCGGAGAUAACGAAAUGUGUGGUCAAGCUUCAAGUGGCCCAGAGGAAGAGGCGGAAGCAGAAACGGGCUGGAUUGAGGGGGCAGCCAUCCUUACCUCGGUGAUCAUUGUGGUGUUAGUGACGGCCUUCAAUGACUGGAGCAAAGAGAAGCAGUUCCGGGUGCAGAGUCGCAUUGAGCUUGAGCAAAAAUUCUGCAUCAUCCGGAACGGGCAGCUCAUCCAACUGCCAGUGGCUGAGAUUGUGGUGGGAGAUAUUGCCCAGGUCAAAUACGGUGACAUGCUGCCUGCAGAUGGAAUCCUAAUCCAGGGAAAUGACCUGAAGAUUGAUGAGAGCUCUCUGACAGGAGAAUCAGAUCAUGUCAAGAAGUCUCUGGAGAAAGAUCCCAUGUUGCUCUCAGGAACUCACGUGAUGGAAGGUUCUGGCCGGAUGGUAGUGACUGCUGUGGGAAUCAACUCCCAGACUGGAAUCAUCUUCACCCUCUUAGGGGCUAGUGAGGAAGAUGAGGAGGAAAAUAAGAGAGCAAAGACCCAAGAUGGAGCGGCCUUGGCAAUCCAGCCACUCGACAGCCAGGAGGACAUCGACAUUGAGGAAAGGGAGAAGAAGAAAGUAAACAAGAUGCCCAAGAAGGAGAAGUCAGUGCUGCAGGGCAAGCUCACACGGCUGGCUGUGCAGAUCGGGAAGGCGGGUCUGAUCAUGUCUGCCCUCACAGUGGUCAUCUUGAUUCUCUACUUUGUGGUUGACAAUUUCGUGGUACAGCGCAGAGCAUGGCUACCUGAGUGCACUCCCGUCUACAUCCAGUAUUUUGUCAAGUUCUUCAUCAUCGGCGUCACUGUAUUGGUAGUGGCUGUGCCAGAGGGGCUGCCACUGGCUGUCACCAUCUCACUGGCCUACUCUGUGAAGAAAAUGAUGAAGGACAACAACUUGGUACGGCACUUGGAUGCUUGUGAGACAAUGGGCAACGCCACAGCCAUUUGCUCUGAUAAGACAGGAACACUGACUAUGAACCGCAUGACAGUGGUACAAGCUUAUGUUGGGAACACUCAUUACCGCCAGAUCCCAAGCCCUGAUGUCUUCCCGCCCAAGGUUCUGGACCUCAUAGUCAAUGGCAUUUCUAUUAACAGUGCUUAUACUUCUAAGAUUCUGCCUCCAGAAAAAGAGGGAGGCCUACCCCGGCAGGUAGGCAACAAGACAGAGUGUGCCCUGCUGGGCUUUGUCACAGAUCUGAAGCAGGAUUACCAAGCAGUUCGCAACGAAAUACCCGAGGAGACACUCUUCAAAGUGUACACCUUCAACUCAGUGCGCAAGUCCAUGAGCACCGUCAUCAGGAAGCCGGAAGGGGGCUUCCGCAUGUUCAGCAAAGGCGCCUCUGAGAUAAUGCUGCGCAAGUGUAAUCGAAUCCUGGACAAGGAAGGAGAAACCAUACCAUUCAAAAGUGAGGACCGAGAUGACAUGGUGCGUAACGUCAUUGAGCCCAUGGCCAGUGAAGGACUCCGGACUAUCUGCAUAGCUUACCGGGAUUUUGAUGACACAGAGCCCAUGUGGGACAAUGAGAAUGAAAUCCUCACUGAGCUGACCUGCAUUAUGGUGGUGGGCAUUGAGGACCCUGUGCGCCCAGAGGUACCCGAUGCAAUUAGGAAAUGCAAACGGGCUGGCAUUACUGUCAGAAUGGUGACAGGUGAUAAUGUCAACACAGCACGGGCCAUUGCCACCAAAUGUGGCAUUCUGACCCCUGGAGAUAAUUUAUUGUGCUUAGAAGGAAAAGAAUUCAACAGGCUUAUCCGCAACGAGAAGGGCGCGGUUGAACAAGAAAAGCUGGACAAGGUCUGGCCCAAGCUUCGGGUGCUGGCACGAUCUUCUCCCACGGACAAGCACACACUGGUGAAAGGUAUCAUUGACAGCACUGUUGGCGAACAGUGGCAGGUGGUGGCUGUCACCGGCGAUGGGACAAAUGAUGGACCUGCUCUAAAGAAAGCAGAUGUUGGUUUUGCCAUGGGUAUUGCAGGCACAGACGUGGCAAAGGAGGCAUCAGACAUCAUCCUGACCGAUGACAACUUCACCAGCAUUGUGAAGGCAGUGAUGUGGGGACGGAACGUGUACGACAGCAUUUCCAAGUUCCUGCAGUUCCAGCUCACCGUCAAUGUGGUAGCUGUCAUAGUGGCUUUCACUGGAGCCUGCAUCACUCAGGAUUCUCCAUUGAAAGCAGUGCAGAUGUUGGGGGUUAACCUGAUCAUGGACACUUUUGCUUCCCUGGCCCUGGCUACAGAGCCCCCUACCGAUUCUCUGCUGAGGCGUCACCCCUACGGGCGAAACAAGCCCCUGAUCUCACAUACCAUGAUGAAGAACAUCUUGGGCCAUGCGGUGUAUCAGCUCACAGUCGUCUUUGUCCUUGUCUUUGCUGGUGAGCAGCUGUUUGACAUUGAUAGCGGAAGGAAGGCGCCUCUCCAUGCACCGCCCAGCCAGCACUAUACCAUUGUUUUCAACACCUUCGUGCUGAUGCAGCUCUUCAACGAAAUCAACUGCCGGAAGAUCCAUGGCGAGAAGAACGUCUUUGCAGGCAUCUACCGCAACGCCAUUUUCUGCUCUGUGGUUUUAGGCACGUUCUUCUGCCAGAUUGUCAUCGUGGAGUUCGGGGGUAAGCCCUUCAGCUGUACAAGCCUCACCCUGGAGCAGUGGUUGUGGUGUCUCUUCAUAGGCAUUGGAGAGCUUUUGUGGGGCCAGGUGAUCUCUGCCAUUCCUACCGAGUCUCUGAAGUUCCUGAAGGAGGUUGGACAUGGCGCUGAUGAGGAGGAGAUCACCAAGGAUGCUGAGGGAAUGGAAGAGAUUGAUCUUGCUGAGAUGGAGCUGCGCAGAGGCCAGAUCCUCUGGUUCCGUGGCCUGCACCGGAUUCAGACUCAGAUUGAAGUAACUAACACAUUCCAGACGGGAUCCUCUUUUAAGGGAGUCCUAAAGCUACAGAACAUGAGCCAGCACCUUGAUGUAAACCUGGUUCCUAGCUCCUAUAAUGCAGUUGCACCAGUCAAAUCUCCCCCUUCCUACGUUACAGCUCCUCCUAUGGGCAGUGAGUGAGAGUCUGUUCAAUGCAUGAUUUGCUAAGGGGACCACAAGAGAGCACGUGGCAUCUACCUUAACCAGCCGUGGUUACUUAUCCUUUACAUUUGUUUUCCCCUUUGAGCUUUUGACUUAAAGGAAGAAAAGACAAAAAAGUUUCCCCCAACCCUGGUUAAAACCAGGCUGUAUUUCAUUUGAAUUUUUGUUUUGUUUUGUUGUGUUUUUCAAGACAGGGUUUCUCUGUGUAGCUUUGGAGGCUGUCUUG